CAGUCCCACGUGUGUUCCUGGAGCAGCUCCGUCCUGGUGUUACAUGUGGUUCAGCUUCAAACCAUGAAUUUAUAGAAUUUAACAUUACAAUAGUCCGUUUUUCUGUCAGCCAUGCUGUUCGGUAAGGAGGUGCCAUGGCGCCGACUGGAGGGGAUGUCGUUCGGGAUGUACUCCUCCGAGGAGAUCCGGAAGCUGAGUGUGAAGGCGGUCACUAACUCCAGGUUCCUGGAUGCCGUUGGGAACGUGGCCCCUAACAGCCUUUACGACCUGGCCCUGGGACCGGCCGACAACAAAGAGGUGUGUUCGACCUGCUGUCAGGACUUCAACACCUGUCCAGGACACCUGGGACACGUAGAGCUGCCCCUCCCCGUCUAUAACCCCCUGCUGUUUGAUAAACUCUACCUGCUGAUCAGAGGCUCCUGCCUCUCCUGCCACAUGCUGACGUGUUCUCGAGCUUCCAUCCACCUGCUGCUGAACCAGCUGAAGCUGUUGGACCAUGGAGCCAUGCAGGAGGUCUACCACAUAGAAGGGGUCCUCAACCAGCACCUGGAGGAGAAUCCUAAGGCGACAGGAGACGAGAUCGAGCAGAUACUCCGAGAUUUCACAGACGGGAUCAUUGGAGGGAGCACUAAGAGUUCAGACAGCAUCAGACCGAUUAAACACCUGGUGGAGAAGAAGGGCAGUCUGAUCAAUGACUUCUGGAAGAUCCAGAUGAAGACCAGGAAGUGUCCGUACUGCAGGAGUGGGAGGUUCACGCUGCGGCGAGAACACAACAGUAAACUGAUCGUCACCAUGCCUUCAGGAGCGCAGACCCUCGGAAACACUGACGAUGAACUGAUGGCCGGGAAGAGAGUCUACCUGACCGCCAGCACUGCCAGAGAACACACCAACAAUCUGUGGGAGAAAGAAGGGUUCUUCCUGAAGUGUCUGUUCUCUGGCCUGGAGGAGGGGAUGGUGUCUCAGGAGGGGGGCAGAGGUUUCUAUCCAGACCUCUUCUUCCUGGAGCUGCUGGUGGUCCCACCGUCCAGGUACCGUCCAAUCAAUCGGCUCGGUGACCAGAUGUUCACCAACGGUCAGACGGUCAACAUGCAGGCCGUCAUGAAGGACUGUGAGAUCAUCCGGAAACUUCUGGCUCUCAUCGCUGGAGAGAAAACAUCUCAGGAGGAGGCUCCAGAACAAACAGACCAGACCUUUCUGACCGGGAUCCCCGGCCUCACGCUAACAGAUAAACUCUACAACAUCUGGAUCCGCCUGCAGACCCACGUGAACAUCGUCUUUGACAGCGAGAUGGACAAAAUGAUGGCGGAGAAGUACCCAGGAAUCAGACAGAUCUUGGAGAAGAAGGAUGGAUUGUUCCGGAAACACAUGAUGGGAAAAAGAGUGGACUACGCUGCUCGGUCUGUCAUCUGCCCGGACAUGUACAUCGGGACGAACGAGAUCGGAAUCCCCAUGGUGUUUGCCACCAAGCUCACCUACCCUCAGCCCGUCACGCCCUGGAACGCGAAGGAGCUCCGGCAGGCCGUCAUUAACGGGCCAAACGUCCAUCCCGGAGCUUCCAUGGUGAUCAACGAGGACGGCAGGAAGACCAUCCUGUCAGCCAGCAGUCUGGCACAGAGGGAGGCCGUAGCUAAGCAGCUGCUGACCCCCAGUCCUGGUCCUCAGAAGAUGCCCAUGAAGAUUGUGAACCGUCACAUAAAGAACGGAGACGUUCUGCUGUUAAACAGACAGCCGACCCUGCACAGACCCUCCAUCCAGGCCCACUGUGCCCGGAUCCUCCCAGGAGAGAAGGUUCUACGGCUCCACUACGCCAACUGUAAGGCGUACAACGCCGACUUUGACGGAGACGAAAUGAACGCACACUUCCCUCAGAGCGAGCUGGGCCGAGCGGAGGCCUACACCCUAGUCAGCACCGACCAGCAGUACCUGGUCCCUAAGGAUGGGAAACCUUUAGCGGGGCUGAUCCAGGACCACAUGGUCUCAGGAACACGGAUGACCAUACGAGGCUGUUUCUUCACCAGAGACCAGUACAUGGAGCUGGUCUACCGAGGACUGACCGACAAACCGGGGCGGGUCCGACUGCUGCCUCCGGCCAUCUUCAAACCUCAGCCGCUGUGGACCGGGAAGCAGGUCGUCUCCACGCUGCUGCUGAACGUGAUCCCACAGGACGCCGUGCCUCUAAACCUGGUUGGUAAAUCCAAGAUCCCCGGUAAAGCCUGGAUCCAGGCCCCUCCCCGAGUGGCUCCAGGAUACAGACCUGACAGCAUGUGUGACUCACAGGUGGUGAUCCGGGAUGGCGAGCUGUUGGUGGGCGUCCUGGAUAAGGCUCACUACGGCUCCUCGGCCUACGGUCUGGUUCACUGCUGCUAUGAGCUCUACGGAGGAGAGACCAGCGGGAAACUGCUCAGCUGUCUGGCUCGACUCUUCACCGCCUACCUGCAGCUCUACCGAGGUUUUACUCUGGGUGUUGAGGAUAUUUUAGUCCGACCAGGAGCCAACAGACAGAGGAGGAAGAUCAUCCAGGAGUCUCUGAAGAUCGGCACUAAAGCCCUGCAGGUGGCCUUCAACCUGCCCCCCAAUGUGGACCAAGCUGAGGCCCGGAGCCGCUGGCAGGACGCCCACCUGAACCCAGACCAGAGAGACUUCAGCAUGGCCGACCACAAGUUUAAGGAAGUGGCCAACCAAGUCAACAACGACAUCAACAAGGUGUGCAUGCCCAUCGGACUCCACACGUCUUUCCCCAACAACAACCUGCAGCUGAUGGUCCAAUCAGGAGCCAAGGGGUCUACGGUCAACACCAUGCAGAUUUCCUGUCUGCUGGGUCAGAUCGAGUUGGAGGGCCGCAGGCCUCCACUAAUGCCUUCUGGGAAAUCCUUGCCAUGCUUCCAGCCGUACGACCCUUCACCCGGGGCGGGGGGUUUCGUCUCAGGACGGUUCCUCACAGGAAUCAAACCACAGGAGUUUUUCUUCCACUGCAUGGCGGGCAGAGAGGGAUUG